AUGGCGACUCUCUCGAUGCCCAGACAGCCUUUUGGUGUGCUCGACAGUCCUCGUCUGGCUCAUCUGUCGGGUAUCAAGAACCGUCAGAACGUCAAGACUCCUAGUCCGUUGUCUGGCAAGGCAAAGAUGGUUGUUCCGACAUCGUCACCCAGCCUGAAGCCUUCUGCAAAACGCCGCAUCACUCCUUCCUUUGACGACUUCGACGGGCAGAACGACGACGCCGAAAAUGUGAAUCCCAACAUGUUCCUGUCGCCUGUGAAGCGUACCAAGAUGGACCUGUCUUCAACAACGCUCAAGCCCAAAGGCCUAAGCACAUUGCCAUCCUCGUUCAACUUCACAUUCAACCCUACCAAGACGACACCUGCGACUUCCAUGCCUCCUCCAGCCAUCGUUCCUUCCCGUCUAUCCACUCCGAUGAAAUACUCUGGCGUGACCAAGCCUUCGACGAGAACACCACUCACUGCUCCUGCCGGACGAUCUCCCAAAUCAAAACGCGACCGUCGCAGACUCAGUGCCCACACUCCCACUCGCAUCGACGCCUCCACACUCUCUCGCUCAGCUGCCCGUACCGGACUGCCUUUCAGCAUUGAUGCCGCCCUCACCGCCUCACUGAAGGCUCCUGUCCCUGCCGCUGCACCUUUGCCGAAGGCUGCAACCUCUAUUGAAGAGUCAAUGCCCAGUUCAUGGUUCUUUGCCAUUCACGAAGACACUGCCGAAGAAGAGGCCGAGAAUCUUAUGGAACAUUCCACCCUGACCUUGGACCUCUCUUCUGAUGAUGAGUCCGCCACAAAGGCCAAUGAAGACCGAGGCAAGGAGAACGUUGCUCCUGCCGACUACGAUCCUAUUUCUUCUUCAUCUUCCUCUCCUCGUGCAUCCCGUCGUUCACUCAAAUCAGCAGCUGACAUGGAUACCGACGAGGCUGCACGUGCUCCUCUCGGCUCUCUUGACACAACCGAAUUCAUACCUGAAGGCUUGACAAAGGACUCGAUUGCUGUUGUUAGUGAACUUCCGGAGACGUGCACUUUCGAGGCACCUGCCGAGAAACAAGAACUCAGCUGCAACCCACCGAUCGUCGUCUCCCCACCCAAGAAGACAUGCAUGGCAGAUCUCAAGGAAGAGAUCUUCAUCUUCGAAGACGAGUCUGCUAGUCCUGCUUUGUCUACUGGUGGCAAACGCAAGAGAAGCGCUGACGAUGACGAAGACGAAUGA